AUUUUAAACACUUUCUGAGGAUGAUCAACUACUACUUCACUGCAAUUUCUUCCCUUUGCUUUCUCUCCAAAUUAACAUGUCCAUAAACUCCCUUACAUUGUUCUCUACCCCAAAUAGUGUCCACAAUUUCGCGCCCGCGCCAAAUCUCUACAGCGCCAAAUUUGGGAACGCAGUUCAUUUUGAAAAGGGUUCGCAAGUUUUUAAAAAGAUCGGGGGCGUAGCUGUGUCUUGUGGCGCUAAAAACUCGGACCCGGAAGAAGAAAAACAGCGCACAGCCACGGAAGUGGUUCUUAAGCUCUACGAAGCGAUCAAGAACAAGAACGUGAACAAGCUUUCUGAUAUCAUAGCAGACGAGUGCACAUGCAGCUCGAAUAUUUUCUCCGCUUUCCAAAUUUUUCGCGGCAAGAAGCAAGUGUUGGAUUUCUUUUCUUGUCUGAUGAAGAAGCUGGGGGACGACAUUGUGUUUGUUGUGCAACCUACUUUAGAUGAUGGGAUUGCUGUGGGUGUGUCCUGGAAACUAGAAUGGAAGCAGGUUCAUUUGUCUCUUGGGAAGGGUUUCAGUGUGCACACUUACCACAUUUACAGGGGACAUGCAAUGAUAGAGAAUGUGGAGAUUUUCAUGGAGCCACUUCUUCAAAUGGAACCCCUAAGAUUGAAGAUGAUCACCUUGUUGAUGGCAGCCAUGGAGAAGAUCGAUGCUCGGGCUUUAUUCAAGAAUGACGAUGCACAAAGGCCGGAAAGGAUACUUUUGUUCAGUCUUCUCAUCUUGGCUGCAAUUUUGUUAGUCUUUAAAUUCAGGAAAGCAGGGUAGACG